AGGCAGAAGACGCAUUUCUCGGACGACUUCUAUGGAACUGCAUAAUAAUAAAUUAUAUCACAGAGACGCACGCACAGUAACAGUGUACAGACGUGAGGGAAGAUAUAUCGACAGCCAUGGCAGCUGGAUGGUCUGGCUACAAUCAAAUUCCAAUCGAACGAUCAGAAAAUAUAUAUGCCAUUCCUGCAGGUUUUCGUGGGAGACGGCCUUGGUUGUCAUGAACGUGAUUGCAGGAAUGCUUCAUGUCCGUGUGUAACUCGAACUGGGAAACAUAGUGUGUUGGAUCUACACCUGAAAAUGUCUCGCCAUCACAUCUGUGAUGUCACACAAAUAGCCAGUAUAAAGCUACUCGAUGUCGUAGUUUAGUUGGUAGUUCCCUAGUUUUACACAGUUAAAACACAUCUCAAGUCUCCAGCAGAACCUCCAGCAUGGAGCAAACCAAGAGUGCAGGUGAUGUCAGUGUUGAUGGUGAUGAUGAUGAUGAUGAUGUUGUAGAUGAUGCAGGCCACCAUGACGAUGUUGGCUCAGAUACGGAGAUGGUGAAGGACUCUAAUCAGCUAUCUAAUGCGGCUGCUUGUUUUGAUGAGUCUGGUGAUGAGAAGUGUGAUGCCGACCUGGAACUGGAGUUAGUGACUCCACCAGUUGCUCCUGAUGGGGGAUACGGCUGGAUCAUCGUGCUCGGGGCGUCACUAGCUCAUUUGAUUAUUGGUGGAUUGGAAAGGUCAGAUGGUGUGCUGUUUUUGAAAUUCAUCAACAAAUUCAACCAAAGUGCUCAGGCCACAGCAUGGGUGGCCUCCCUUUGUUCUUCAGUUAGACUGGUUUUAGGUCCAUUUGCCAGUUAUUUUAGUAACCGGUUCAGCUGUCGUGCUGCAGUGAUCACCGGGAGUGUGAUUUCAGCGCUGGGGGUGCUACUGUCCGGUUUUACCACACAGCUAGUCCAACUGUACUUCACUUAUGGUGUUAUCUCAGGUAUUGGGCGGAGCUUGGCCUAUGCACCGUGUCUCAUAAUCACUGGGAUGUACUUUGAUAAGAGACGAGGGCUAGCUGUUGGCAUGGCGACCGCCGGUGUUGGUGCGGGUACGUUUCUCAUCCCACCAGCUGUGGAGUUUAUCUUCGAGGAAUAUGAUUAUUUAGGAGCGUUUGUCAUACUGAGUGGGCUGUGUCUGAAUCUGGCUGUGUGUGGCGUUCUCAUGAGACCGCUGUCUCUACACAGGAGAAUCCUCGAACUGAAAAGGAAGAACAAAACCAGAGUGAUUUUUUCAGAGGGUAAAAGUUAUUUUCACACAGUAGUUGCUUCUAAUAACACCGACAAUGCAAUUUCGGGAAGUGGUAGUUCAAAAAGCAUUAAGGAUGAAAAUCGAAUUCCUCUAAAUGUGCAAGACCAUGCGACAGAUGCAAAAAGUCUGAUUGCAAAGGAAAACCUUACUGGUGCUGUUAAGAAAACGGAAGGAAUUUCAAAAACUGAAACAAAGAAGAAACAAAGAUUCAUAGAGCUUACAUUGUUAAAGGAGCCACGGUUUCUCAUCUUCUGUUUCAGUAUUUUGUUAUUCACAGCUUCAUUCAAAGCCGGCUUCACCUUUCUACCAGCCUUGGUGAAAUCUUCAGGGCUAUCCGAGUCAAAUGCUGCUCUCAUUUUAUCCAUUGCUGGUGUUCUAGACACGAUAGGGCGGGUGUUGGUGGGGUUUCUUUUUGAUUUCCCAAAGGUAAAGAAAUUCCGAUCACUGAUUUACAAUUUGAUUGUAUUUGCGGUUGCUGCAGUCUCGUUUGUGUGUCCGUUAGUGAAGUCUUUUGAAGGGUUCGCUAUUCUUGUGGCAGUGUAUGGAUUCCUGACUGGUUCAUACAUAUCUCAAAAGACUCUGAUCAUUGUGGACAUUCUUGGCGUGGAGAAGCUGAGUAGUUCCUUCGGAAUCUUGAUUUGCUUCCAAGGAGUAGGAAGUCUCUUUGGACCACCACUGUCUGGCCUGAUGAAGGACAUCUAUGGACAAUACGACGAGGCGUUUUACUUCUGCGGUGGACUGAUGGUGUUGUCGGGUCUCAUCAUGCUCGGACCUACCAUCUGGCAGAGAAUACAUCCAUGACCACCGUUUAGACACGAUCUACAUAAGUAACGUAACAAUGGGCAAUGGAGAUUAGUUCAGUACAAAUGUUUUGUCAUGAGUGCAUACUAAUGAGUUUUGUUAACCUUUAUCAGGCUGCAUUGUUUUAAAACGAAUUCAAGAAUUUGACCUAUCAUACAUUUUUAAUGAUAUCUCUCUUAAUGUUUGGCAUAUUGAACUGAAAAUAUACACACGUAUUCUAUAAUGGACUGGCUACUUUACUACAAUAUUUUAAAAUAAAUUAUUUUAUUUGUUACCAUGGCAACAAGUACAAAGUUCAAAAGAUUUGUUCUUUGAUACUACUUAAUAAAAAAAUAAUUUUAAGUUAAUAAAGUUCUUGUAAUAUAAGACUA